CAGAGGCAAUUCAGCACAGUGGUGGAAAAAAUAACAGAGCAUCCUACUGUAUGCCAUAGCGCAGCCUGUAAGUCCCAAGGUGCAGCUUUAUCGUUAAGGAGAUAAGCUGAAGCUUGUGGAGGUCUGGAGCUCGGAUGCGGGCAGCGGCAUCUCUCCUCGCACCCAGAAGUGGAUGAGGAAGGUCGGCCGACAGGGAGGGGUUCUUUGAUUUGAGGAGCGACACAGCGGGCUGCCCUCCCCUGGCCUGCCUCCUCCUGGAUGGAGUCGGGCUGUGUGCAGGCAGCGAUGGCCAUGGGAGAUGUCUCGAAAAAAGCAUCCACUCGAAACGUGGCGGUGGAGCGCAAAAACCUCAUCACCGUUUGCAGGUUUUCAGUAAAGACGCUGUUAGAGAAGUACACAGCCGAACCCAUCGAUGAUUCCUCUGAGGAGUUCAUCAAUUUCGCUGCUAUCCUUGAACACAUCCUCAGCCACCGCUUUAAAGGCUCUGGCAGCUGGUUUGAUGGCCAGCGGAGCUACUGGGACUUCAUCCGCCUGGCCUGUGGCAAAGUCCCCAACAGCUGCAUCAGCAGUAUAGAGAGUAUGGAGAACAUCAGCACGUCACGAGCCAAGGGUCGAGCCUGGAUGAGAGUGGCCCUGAUGGAGAAGAGGCUGUCUGAAUACAUAGCCACUGCCCUGAGGGACAGCAGGACAACCAGGAGGUUCUAUGGAGAAGGAGCCAUCAUGUUAAGAGAGGAAGCCACCGUCCUCACAGGGAUGCUCAUAGGGCUGGGAGCCAUAGACUUUAGCUUCUGUCUGAAAGGGGAGGCCUUGGAUGGGAAAUCGACUGCUGUGAUCGACUAUACACCUUACUUGAAAUUCACACAGAGCUAUGACUACCUGAGUGACGAUGAAGACAGACAGAGUGUUGACAGCAGCACCAGUGACGACAGCGUCCCCGAGCACCCUUACAUCCCGCUGGUCACCGAUGAGGAGAGCUGGAGCACAAAGUGCCGCAAGAUGGAGCAGCGGUUCAAGAUUGUUUACGCCCAGAAGGGUUACUUGGAGGAGCUUGUGCGUCUGCGCGAGUCCCAGCUGAAGAACAUGGAGACAGAGAACAAGAGACUAAAGGCCCGGCUGGACGAGCUGCAGAGCCAGAGCCAGCAGGAGAAGAGGGAGCUGGAGGCCAUUGUCCUGGAGCUGCAGGAGCAACUGACAAGUUUGAUUCCAUGUGACUCCAACCAUCUGGCCAAAAACCUCUCCAUCCCCUUGGUCAACCAGUGGCCGACUCUGCAGCCCUACAACAACCAGGAGGAGGUCAAGCUGUUCCGCAGGAGGAGCUUCCCCAGCACAGAGCUGCUGUCUGUGGAGGUUAGCCUGGAUUCAGACUCCCAGAGGAUCGAGGGGAAGCAGAACGGAGGAGCCUGGUGCACAGAUAAGGACUACACCCCCUCCAUGAUGGGCCUGUGUGGAUCCUUGGCUUCCCUUCCAAGCUGCAAGUCUUUGGCCAGCCUCAAGUCCAGCGAGUGCCUGGUCAACAUCAGCACAGAGAACAGCCCUGCCCUCUCUCCCAGCUAGGGGGCGCCGGACAACCACUGCCAAACACUCACAGACACUGAGACAAUUCAACGUGAACACAAAAACAGACUACUUUCGGUAGGAGUGUGAAUGCUCUCUUUUGUGGCCCUUAUUUGAGUCCCUUUACACUUAAGCUCUGAGCCCAGCACUCUCUCCACUUACAAACACACCGUUCUGCAUAGGCUGCCAAGAGUUUGUGACAGAGUAGCCUCUCUAUCUGGGACUGUCAAAUAAAGAUAUAGGAAUAGCUGCUGUACUGCCUGAUGGCCUCGUUCAGUUUCACUGUCUUUCACUGUCUUGACAUGAUUAAACCUCUUGGACUGCAAACAACAAGUUCAUGCUCAACUUCUCUUACUUCAUGAUGCUCGAUCCUGUGUGAUUACAGUCAUACCUUUGCUUGUCCCAUUCAUGGAAACUCACUAUGGGGUUGUUCUGUAUGUACUUGUCUGUCCAUUUAUCUGUGUCUUAUCAGUCUGUCAGCGGUGGUGUCUCAUUCUGCCCAUUGUAUGCACGGGCAGUGCAGGACAGAUGAGCUGAUAUAACCUCCUAGUAAAGAGGAAUGAUGUUUUUCCAUAGUAUAUCACAUUAUUAUAAGAAGACUAGUUAAAUGAUAAAAGAGCUGCAGAGCGGAUGUUUGUAAUGCACUGAGUCAAAUGUUUGACCAGAGGCUUUUAGGAUGAAAAUUAAUGAAGAUUAUUCAAAGCAGCUUUGUGGUAUUAGGAUGAAUGGAAGAUUAGGCCUUAUUCAAUCAAAGGUUAGAGCCACGUUUCUUUGAUGUGGUGUAAAGGUUGUGUUGGGUUACGUUUUGCAGAGCCACUAUAAUGCAAACAAAAAAAAA